AUGGUAAAUGAAGCUUUGGCUUGUUCAAUGAACUGCAAAAAUAAGCCAACUUAUGAAUGUGACUGUUCUGAUAAACAAGUGUUUUUGUGCUCAGAGCACCUAGGUGAACACGGAGAAUCAGUUGGAAAGCACCAUUUCACUAAAAUCAUGAAAAAUAUUGAUCCUCAAGCCAAAAUAAUAAUUUAUGGACUUUUAAGAGGUUUAAAGCUCCAAGCAAAGCAGAAUCGAUUUAAAAUUGUCCAAGAAUCAUCAUUAUUGAUAAAGCAAAUAAACGAAGCAACUACUAAAUCACUAGAAAAGCUUUUAAGCAUAGAAAAAAAGUUAGAUGAAUAUACAUAUUUGUGUCAUACCUUACAAGAAGUCAAUAAUUCAAAUAGUAAGAGCUUUAUCGAAUUACUAUUAAAAUUGUCAGCUGAAGACGCAUCAAAAAUAAAAUUCCAAGAAGAUAUAAUCAAGAUUAAUAGCAAGAGUUUUAAAGAUGAGAUUGAAAAUCUCUUUACUGUUAAAGAAACAAAAGAUUUAUUUGAGAUUGAUAAUAUUGAAGCAAUUAACCCUAUAAAAACAGAGCCGAUUAUAAAAUAUUUUAGAGGUGAGAAACUAUUUGCUGUGAAUCUGGUGUCGCAACAGUUUAUUCCACUGAAUAUCAAUAAAAAUCAAGAAUUAUUUGACCCAACUUGCUUGCUAAAAGGUGGCUCUAUUUUUUGCUGCUUUCAAUCAGAAACUUUUAUCAUAACUCAAAAUAAUUCAAUAAUCACUUUCGAUUCUUAUCAAUACAGUUGCAAUUCUGGACUCAUUGCAGUUGAUGAUUUUGUGUAUAUGAUCGGAGGAACUGGAAAUGCUUCAUUUAAAUUUUCAUUAAAAUCAAAAAAGUGAGAAGCGCUUGCAGAGUAUCCAGUACCAAAUAAUAGAUUUAUUUCUUGCGCAUUUAUUAAUAAUGAGAUAUUAAUUGCUGGUUUUGAGUCUCCUUAUGUAUCAGUAUACAAUAUUUCAAAAAAUUUAUAUAAUAAUGCCCCAAUUACAUUAAAUUCAAAUACAGGAAAAACCUGCUUAGCCACUAAAAAUAAAGCAUAUGUAAUUGAUCACAAUAGGAAUUGCUAUGAAAGCGGCUUCAACGAUAUCAAUACAUGAACAUCAAUUAAAGCACACAGCGCAUUUUCACUUUGAAUUAAUCCAGUAUUUUCAGAAGGGAAUCCUCACUAUUCAUAUUCUUUGCUGUUUGAAGAUAGUUUUUACUUUAUAACUUGCGAUUACAGGCUUAUCCAGUUUAAUUUGAAAAACAAACAAUUGAAGAAUCUUAAGAUCUUAAAAUAA